CUCUGUGGCGUCCUGCGUUCCAGCCAUGGGCGAUUCUAACGACUUCAAGGCCUUUGCCGAGGCUCUCAAGUCACUGCAGGCGUCCGUCACGGCCAACGCCCAGGCCAUCGCCAGCCUCACAGCCGACCGCACGUCCGCCUCAGGCCACAAGAUCGGCUACGGAGAGCACCAUGGGGACCGACCACCGAGGUUCCAAAAGCUGGACUUUCCCCGGUACGAUGGUAAAACCGAUCCUCUCAUCUUCAUCAACCGCUGCGAAUCCUACUUUCAUCAGCAGCGCAUCAUGGAGGAGGAUAAGGUCUGGAUGGCAUCCUACAACUUGGAGCGCGGGGCGCAAAUGUGAUAUAUCCAGGUCC